CCAUUAAGUGGGCCCCUUUCUGGAUCUUAUACAACAGAGAGAAAAGAAUAUUCGUACUCUGUGAAACUCUCAGCCGUUGAUAGACACACGAGUGGGAUCCAGCGGUCAGGAAAGCUUUAAAAAACCCUGGUGGAACACAACAUAAAGGAGAAACAGAGUUCUUUGAAGUUAUCGAGAAGACAAAUACUAAAAAACCAAAAAGCCUUCUUCUUCGAUCAGUCAUCGUCAUCAGGGCCCCUUAUGUUCCGUUCCGUGCCGCCGUUCAUGAGUUCGACUCUGCAUACUUCUGUGGAAGACAGAUACCCUAACUCUUUCUAUGGUUCAUCAGGGCAGGAGCUGAUGAACAACCCUGUGCCUUGUCAGGCGGUCUCUGGUGGCAACUCUGGUGGGUAUAUGUUUCCUUCUCCCUCCGGAUUCUGCAAUGUUUCACCUCUCUCAACUCAUGGGAGGGCUUCCCAAACUCAGCCACCUGUUGCCACCACCCCAAGCGACAGAUUGGCUAUGCAGGAUUGCUUUUUGGAAGCGCAAUCAAUGAAUCACCCUCUUCCGGAGUUUUCAGAUCCACUUGACGAGUUCUUUGAUUUUUCUGACCAUGUUCCUGCCUUGAAUCCACAAGCAGAGAGUAGUGACGUUAUGGUGGGGUCAACCGUGGAGGUUCAUGAGAAAAGCGAGUGGCAAAGCUGGGCAGAUCAGCUGAUGUCUGUUGACAAUGGUUCGGAGCCGAACUGGUCUGAGCUUCUUGGAGAUCCAAGUCCACACAAUUUAACACCACCAACACCAUCUUUGGAUGUGCCAAGGCAAGAGGUAGUAGCUAACCAGCAGCAGCAUCAGGUGGUUUCGUUGGAGGAGCAGCUGAACUCAUCAGCUAGUGGAGGAGCAACAACUAAACAGCGCAUGAGAUGGACACCAGAACUUCAUGAGGCUUUCGUUGAAGCUGUUAAUCAGCUUGGUGGUAGUGAACGAGCCACGCCGAAGGCUGUUUUGAAGCUCUUGAAUAACCCUAUCUUGACCAUUUAUCAUGUCAAAAGCCAUCUGCAGAAAUACAGAACGGCAAGGUACAAACCGGAGACGUCAGAAGCUACAGGAGAACCUCAAGAGAAGAAGAUGACAUCUAUAGAAGAUAUCAAAUCUCUUGACAUGAAAACGAGCGUUGAGAUCACACAAGCUCUAAGGUUACAGAUGGAAGUUCAGAAACGUCUCCAUGAGCAGCUCGAGACUCAACGGGCGCUGCAGUUACAGAUUGAGAAACAGGGCAGAUACCUACAGAUGAUGUUUGAGAAACAACAGAAGUUAGAAGAGAACAAAAGCUCUUCCUCAUCAAAGCAAUGCAACGGCGCAUCUGCAGAAGUUGAGUUUGAAUCUGGUGUUGUAACACAAGCAGGGGACCAAACAGAGUCUGCUGUUUCAGUAUCAAGGAAACGGGCCAGAGAAGAUGAGUAGAUUGAAAAACAUAUUGAUUUGGUUGACGAGACAUGUUUAUUGGGAGUUAAGUUAGGUGUUUUAUGGAAAACACACAGAGAUGCAUUAACUACAGUUUUGUUAAAAGAAAAUUGUUUCUUCACA